UUUCACGAACUAGUCAGCAUAAAAGAUUGUGUCAUACUUGCCCUUAACGAGCAGUAUUGUGAAGAUUUGUCAGCUGAUUUGUACCUAAAGGACGGAGACGAAAUAGCAGUGAUUCCACCAAUUGCCGGAGGAUAAUUAUAUCGAGAAAAAUGAAUUAUCUAAAACUGACUUUUGACAAGUUAGAGGUUGGUGAAGUAAAUGAUCUGGUAGCGCAUGAAAGCUGCGGAGCUAUUUCCCUGUUUGUAGGCACGACCAGGGACAACUUCGAUGGCAAAACGGUUGUGCAAUUACAGUACGAAGCAUACGAAGCGAUGGCACUCAAAACAAUGAGCCAAAUAUGCGAUCUAAUGCGUAUUAAGUGGCCCGAUAUUAAGCACAUCGGAAUCUAUCAUCGCCUUGGAACGGUUCCGGUGAAGGAAGCAUCGGUCGUAAUUGGUGUGAGUUCCCCUCAUCGGGUAUCGAGCUUGGAAGCGGUUCACUUUGCUAUAGACGAACUCAAGAAAAGUGUUCCCGUGUGGAAAAAGGAGCAAUAUGUAGAAGGAUGCUCCGAAUGGAAGGAGAAUAAGGAAUGCACAUGGUCCAAGAGUUACAAGAAUGAUCACGUUUUAUGACAGGCCCGGUAGUUGACUGUCGCCGUUUGCUAUGAAUGGGAGGAAUUUAAUUCCGUUAUAAAAGCGGAACAAAUCACUCCUUUUGAAGUAUGACACUUAUUUUUGUGAGUAUGUAACAUAGAGGUGCGAAGCACAGUAUAUUUGAAUAUGUUUUUUAGGUAUAGUAAAAUAUUAAAUAAAGAAUGUUAACUAGAAAA